GUGUUUUGUGACACAAUUACAGAUGCCUCCUCACGCCCCCAGAGGCUGGCUCCAGCUCAUACCUUCCGCCAUUACCAGUGUUUGAUGUACACUUCCACAUACAAGGAUGUGGUCGUUUUUUGCACGGGAUCCCGUGAAAGAUUUUAAUUAUGAUAUUAUACCGGAGACCCAAGAGGCCUCGGGAAUAUGGACUCUACAUCGAGGAAAAAGAAAGACGACUGGCGAGCCAGUGUCAGUCUUUGUUUACGAGGUGUCCCAGGGAACAGAGGCCCAGACCCAGCUGGCAAAGGCAGCGUUCAAGCGCAUGAAGACCCUGAGGCAUCCAAACAUCUUAGCCUAUGUGGAUGGACUGGAGUUUGAGACAGAGAAGAGUUUGUACCUGGUGACGGAGCCAGUGACUCCCCUUUCAGCCCAUCUGAAGGCCCAGUCUGAGAAGGGUGGCUCUGGGGAGCUGGAGGUGUCUUGGGGUCUUCACCAGAUUGUGAAAGCUCUGAGUUUCGUGGUGAAUGACUGCCACCUGCUUCAUAACAACCUGGGCAUUUGGACGGUGUUUGUGGACCGAGCCGGUGAGUGGAAGUUGGGAGGGCUGGACUACAUGACGUCUCAGCAGGGUGACACCUCCAGCUUACUGCCGCCCAGAACUAUACACGCCGAGCUGGAGAAGUAUGACCCGCCGGAGAACGCCAACAGCGGUGGGGAGAAAUGGUCAGGGGAUGUAUGGCGUCUGGGUUGCCUUAUAUGGGAGGUGUUCAAUGGCCCAAUAGCUCGGGCAUCUUCACUGCGGUCGCUUGGAAAGAUCCCCAAGUCAUUGGUUCCUCACUACUGUGAGCUGGUCGGAGCGAACCCCAAAUCACGGCCCAACCCAUCCAGCUUCCUCCAGAACUGCCGUGCCUCUGGAGGUUUCCUCAGCAACAGCUUUGUGGAGAGCAACCUCUUCCUGGAGGAAAUCCAGAUUAAAGAGCCAGCAGAGAAGCAGCAGUUUUUCCAGGACCUGAGUGAGAACUUGGACUCUUUCCCUGAGGAUUUUUGUAAACACAAAGUGCUCCCUCAGCUUCUAACGGCCUUUGAGUUUGGCAACGCCGGCGCUGUGGUCCUCACGCCUCUCUUCAAGGUGGGAAAGUACCUGUCGGCAGAAGAGUACCAACAGAAGAUCAUUCCAGUCAUAGUAAAGAUGUUCUCCUCGACGGACCGAGCCAUGAGGAUACGGUUACUUCAGCAGAUGGAGCAGUUUAUUCAGUAUCUGAACGAGCCUGCAGUCAACUCUCAGAUCUUCCCUCAUGUCGUGCACGGUUUCACUGACACCAACCCAGCCAUCAGGGAGCAGACGGUCAAGUCCAUGCUUCUCCUGGCCCCCAAGUUAAACGAAGCCAAUCUGAACCAGGAUCUGAUGCGUCACUUCGCCAGGCUGCAGGCUCGCGAUGAGCAGGGUCCGAUCCGCUGCAACACCACUGUCUGCCUGGGCAAGAUCGCCCCCUACCUCAACGCAGGGACACGGCAGCGUGUUCUGAUAUCAGCGUUUUGUCGGGCCACUAAAGACCCCUUCCCAGCGUCUCGAGCUGCCGGGGUCCUGGGCUUCGCUGCGACGCAUAACUACUUCAGCAUGAUGGAGAGCGCCUCCCGGAUCCUGCCCACGCUUUGCACACUCACCAUCGACCCUGACAAGAACGUCAGAGAACAGGCAUUCAAAGCCAUUAAGAGUUUCCUCAGCAAGUUGGAGACCGUAUCAGAGGACCCGUCCAAGCUGGAAGAAUUAGAGAAGGACGUGCUGGCGAUGAGUCCUGGGGCCGGGGGGCAAGCGGCAUCAUGGACGGGCUGGGCGGUGGGCGGAGUGUCCUCUCUCACCUCCAAACUCAUCCGGAACAUUCCGGCAGGGGCCGAAGGAGCGGUCAAGGAAAAUGUUCCCGCGGCCACAGCCAACGCAGAGACCCCAGUCACAGAAGAGGGCAGCCAGGACAACUCGGAGCCAAAGGUACCCACGAAUCCUACUUCCACACCCCCUGCCAAUCAGCCACAGGCCUCGGACAUGGCAGAGGAGCCUGGCGAGUCGGUCGGAGACCGCUGGGGCGACGAGGACUGGGGCAGCCUGGAGGACCCUGAGAAGGCCCAAACAGACCCUGAGGACUGGACCUCGGAUUGGUCAGCGGAGGCGUCAAGCAAGAAGAAGGCCAAUGAGAGAACGCUGGCUGGGGCGUCCUCAGGGAAGAAGCAGAGCUCGGACUGGAGCAGCUCCGGCUGGGACGCCGACGACAGCUGGUCCAACGAGAAGGAGGCCGACAGCCAGGGCCAGACUUCGCCAGCGGAAGAGGGCUGGGGCAACGAUUGGGAGGAGGACGGCGGCGGUGGGGGCGGCGGCGGCCUGGGAGGCCUGGGCGACAGCUUCAUCCCCACGGCCAGGGACGGCUCCGCCUCGGCAUUGGCCCCCAAGAGCGCGGAGAGCUGCGGUCAGGACGGCGUGCGCUUGGCCAGCGAGUACAACUGGGAGAGCGCGGGAGGGAAGGGAGGGCCGCAGAACGACAUCUUCACCGGCAUGUCGCAGAGAACAGCACCCACGAAGGCAGAAGAUGGCUGGGGAGCAGACACUGCAGGAGACUGGGGUACUGAGGAGAACUGGGAGUCCCUGGAUGGAGAUCAAGGCCUCAGCAAGGCAGAUCUAGCCAAGAAGAAGCGCGAGGAGAGGAGGACUAAACUCGAGGCCAAACGGGCAGAACGGAAGGCAGUCAAGGGUCCUCUCAAACUGGGCGCCCGCAAGCUGGACUGAGCAGGAGCGGGUCGGCGGAAUGCGCCACGCCAAAAGAGGACCAGGAUUGGUGGAGGGAGCAAACGACGCUGUGAUUGGUCAGGGCCCGUGGUGAUGCGUCCAGGACAUUGUUGGAUAUGGCACACUGGGCUCGAACAUUCCAGGAUCCUGCAGGUGACAAAUGACUGGGAGGAGCAAGAGCUAUGGACAUGCUAGUGCCCCCCCCCCCCCCCCCCCCCCCGCAUCAUCAGAGGGCGAAUGCCAAGAGAUGCACUUCUCCCAUGAUGCACUUCUCACAUGUCACUUGCUGGACCGUACCUGAGAUGGGGAUAAUUUCCCCUCCUCCGUGAUGACUUUACUUUGCAUCAUAGCACAUUUUUGUUGUCCUUUUAUGUUUUUAUAAUAAAGCUGAUAUUAGAAUUUAUUUGUGUGCAUCUCCCACACAUCUAGCCAUAAAUUCCAUAAAGAAUCAACACAUUUUUUUACAGUAUAAAUAUGUACAAGUAUUUAUCUCCAUAGCAACAUGAGUGUGUAUGUGGAAUGUAUAUUUCACAUGCUCCGAGUGCUUGGCUUAGCGUUGAAUGUUGGCCAACCAAGCUGAGCGCGGGGUUUCCAUGCACCCUAUAUUCCCUUCUUCUUCUCUUUGUGCUGCUCAUCUUUACUCCAGAGGUCAUGAACUGAACAAUGACUCCAACAUGAAGUUGCGGUUAAUGGAGCCACUUGUCUAACCAAACGAGUAAUUCCCUUGUCCCCAUAGUCCUGUGCGGAACAAGCCUACCCCAUGCAUGCCUCCCUAUCAUGUACUGGACACCAGUGCUGUGGUCGUCAAGCACACAUUAUGGUUAUAGCAGAUUAUGGUGAGGUUCAGGGCGGGGCGCCCCUUGACUGCUGGUGUGUGUGGAUCACUGGCUUGGAAGCACUCCGCUGUCAAGAAAGCCCAAAGAGAAGUACAGAGAGUCAGUCAGAAUCUGGCUGUGGCUCUGAGAUGUAGUACUGACGGCAUUGACUAUUGAAGGGACAUCUGGUCAACAGUUUUAGGUUCGUGCCUUGUUUUUAUUUGGUGGCCGUACUGUACUUGACAGAACAGGGGUGGUGUUUUGACUUAAAUGUCAGCUGUCGCGGGAGGUCAUACCCUUUUUGAUCCUGUGCAAUAUCUUAAAAAGGGGCUAAUCACGUGUAUGAUGCAACGUCAGAAAUACAGCUGCGAAUUAAAUAAACAGUGUACAUGCUCUC